AGUUUGUGUGGUUUGGUUGGUGGGGGGAGCAGUAGUUUUACAUUCAACUGGAUUUGGAGCAUAGCAUAGGAUACUUGAUAGAUGGUUAGACAGGGUACUAGAUGGGCGAGACACGUGGCUAAUGCAUGAUAGACCUACAUAUGCAUCUCUAUGCAUCUCUACGCAUGGCUACAGGGGUUAGACCAGGAUAAAUAGUGUCAAAAAGUAAAAGUAGUAAAUAAAUAUAAAGUAAGUCAUGGAGGUAGUGGGUGUCUAUGCAGUCUCAGGCACAACAAAAGAAAAGAGACAGCCGAAAAGAUCGAAUCAACCAGUCCACAAAUUAAAACAAACAGUCGCAAUCCAAGACAAUCGCAGAAUGGUAUCUCGAAGCAAAGCAAUGCUCAACGCGACGGUACACAGAAAGCUGAAGAAACGAAGAAAUGAAAAAAAAAAAAAAAAAAAAAAAAAAAAAAAAAAAAAAAGAAAGAAAGAAAAAGAAAAGAAAACUGGCAUCGCGCGCGAUAGCGAAAACUCAUCGCAAGCAAUCAAAACAGAAUGCCGCGCUCAUGCAAGAAACGAAACGAAAUAAAAACCAAGGUGCGCCUCCCGAUCCUGUACCAGUAUCAUCCUGCGCUAGAGAACAGAACAACAAACGAAAAGAGA